AUGGCCUCCUCUACAGAGGCUGCUGCCUCUGCCGCGUCUCGCACACCUCCCUCUGACCCGGCCGCAAGCGCGACGGCGCUCUUCGAACAACAUCUCAAGGUCAUGGCCGACUCGUACCUUGGCUUCUUCCAGGAACGGAAGAGGAUCGAGGAGCAGUACGUCGCCUCGCUCAUGAAGCUACACCGAAAGUCUCGGAGUCUGGACGCAUACAUCGACGAUCGCGUGGAGAUUAGCACCACCCGAAUGGCGUGGAACGAGAUCACAGACAACGUCGAGCGCGAGGCGGGGACCCAUCAGGCAUUCGUUGAGUCUCUCGAGGGCUUCGUCAUCGACCCGCUCGCCACAUUCAAGGAAGAGCAAGACCGGAUCCGGAAGCGGAUCCGGGAAGACGUUAAGGAGGCCAUCUCUGCGCAUGCGGAGUAUGCGGAAACCGUCCUCCCACGCCUCAAGCGGACGUACAUUAGGAAGUGCCAGGAGGUCGAGGAGUACAAGAACGCCGCGAACACACCCCUCUCACCGACGUCGACGUCGCCACAGGAUCAAGCCAGCAUGCCCCCGCUCAGCAAACCGCUGUCCAACCCCUCGAGCGGGACCCGGCCGGUAGUGACCGGUCCACAGCCCCUUCGGCCGCUAGACCGCCGCCCAUCGCAGAGCGCACACCGGAACCGCUCCCCGCACCGGAACCGUUCCCCGUCCGCGGCCGGCGCCCCAUCGUCCACGGCGACGGCGCUCCAGGAUCUCGCGCACCAGGGAAAGAAGCAGCUCAACCAGCUGAUGACCUUCCUCGACAAGGGCGGCAACGUACGCGAUGGGGGACGUUCCGAUAACGCGCUCCGGCAGGUGCGCGCGAAGCGAGAGGCUGAUGAUGCUGACAAGGAGUACCGCCGGGGGGUGCACUGGCUCGAGACGCUGCGCAUCCGGAGAGUCAAGAUCUUGGAGUCUGGGUUCAACUCUCUGGAGGCGUUCGUGCGGGAAUCAGCGGAUAUGAUGAAGAAGGUCCUCGACAUGUACAACAACAGCCUGACUGCGGCCGCAGCGACGCGGGGCCAGCUUUGUGAGCACGGCGGGCGAAUGAUCGAGAAGAUCGUCCCCCAGCGAGAUUGUGCAGCGAUCGCGGCCAACAUCCCGCGCUUGCUCGCGGCGGCCUCGCCUAAGCCCGUGUAUUACUACAACUUCAACGUCGGGGAGUGCAAGGACCUCGUCUUCGGUGUUGGUCUUGUCGACUACGCCACCGCUCGUGGGCCCCUUGAGGGGGACAUCCCGAAGAUUAUCCGGAUAUGCAUAGAGGAAGUUGAUCGAAGGGGGCUAGAGGCCGAGGGCAUUUACCGGGUUUCUGGAAGGCACGCUGCUGUGCAGGAGCUUCAACAUAAGUUUGAACGCAAUGAGAGUGCGUUUGCAUUCAAUCCACAACAUGAUGAUGUCUACAGUGUAUCAUCGCUGCUGAAACUGUACCUACGCGAAUUACCUGAGCCCGUGUUCAAAUGGCCCGUCCAGGAGCGACUACAGCAUACGGAAGACUUUGAUGAACAUGCCGCCAACAACUUUGCCCUCCUGCGGUCGAAGAUUCGCCGGCUGCCGCAAAUACAUCAGGCCACCCUGAAAGCACUUGUUGAGCAUCUCGCGCGGGUAGCCGCGAAUUCUGACAAGAACAAGAUGGAUCCGAAGAACUUGGCGAUCGUCUUUGGGUCGGUGAUAUUUGGCGAGGACGACUUGCCCAAGGGCGGGGACCUCCUGGGCAUGCAAUCGUGGAAGGAUACCACUAUGGAGGACCUCAUCACGUAUGCGCACGUACUGUUCCAGCACAGUAGCACAAGCUCGCCACCGUUGCCUCCAGCCCCUCUGCACGAGUCCGCGGCCCCGAUCUCGUACGGUUCGACACAUACGAGGCUUUCGAAUAUGCCGCCACCACCCAUUCCGACUUCGCCACGGAAGCACCAGAAGGCAUCCUCGGUUUCUGGUACUCCCCGGUCUUCCUUUGAUCAAGACCAUCCUCAACUUCCACCACGCCCGCCUGUCCCCCAGGACUUCACCCCUCAGCUUCCACCCCGUCCAACGAACAGUAUCCACCCCUCCCUCCGUGCCGGCCCAUACUCAUCCCCAUCCCGAAGCCAAGCGCCCUCAAUUCGCACCGGACAGUUCUUCGACGAACAGUUACGCGUAACCCCCGCAGCGUCGCUGUCAACGACAUACGAAGGUAGCGCCAACACGAGCACCUCAUCCCUUCCAGCCCCACUCCUGUUAUCUCCUGUGGCCACUCCCGCCGCCUCUCCCCCUCCCGCCGUUUCCUCUUCCGCACCCGCCGCACCCUCGGCCCCCUUCCCGUCCUCCGAUCCCACCGACCCGUUCUCCCCAUCCGCCGCGGCGCCGCCAACGAGUCCUCACAACAUUCCGAUCCCUCCGAGCGCGGGUGCGAGCCCGCCCAGGGCUGCGACGAUGCCGUUCUCGCCUCAGGGCCCACCGCCAGCCACUGUACGCACGGGCUCGCACGAGUCUGGACUGGAGCUGUCGUCGACGGCGUCCGCGGCGGCGUUCGCGAGCCAGUCGCCGUCGCCAGACUCGGCUGCGGGGUCCCCGGAGGAGGGAGGGUCGCGGUCGAAGCCGUCGAGCCCGAGCAAGCGGUCGGCGCACGGGCGGAAGGCGUCGGCAGACGCGUAG